AUACAUACACAUACAAACACACACACACACACACACAUAUAUAUAGAUAGAUAGAUAUAUACAUAUAUAUAUAUAGUUUCUGUUUAGUCUUCUGGAAUUAAUCAUGGGAAGUGAAGGUGAUGUCGUGAUGAUGAAGAGGGCAGAGAUAGACACUAGCCCGCCUUUCCGCUCCGUCAAAGAGGCCGUCACUUUGUUCGGUGAGAAAGUUUUAGCAACUGAGCUCUAUACCAACAAGUUCAAGGAGGUGCAUGGUGAAGGAAAUGGAAACUGGGAGGGGAAUGUGAAAGUUGGAAGUGUUACGGCAGAGUUGGAAGAGACAAAGCAAAGGUUGCAGAAAGCGAAAGAAGAAAGUAUGGAAAUGGCAACAUGUGUUUCGUCUCUUAAACAAGAACUUGAGAAAACGAAAGAGGAGCUCCAUCAGCUGAGGAAACAAGUCAUGGAAUCUGAGAUUGAAGAAGUCAAAAUUGUCCAACAAGAUGAUGACGAUGAUGAUGAUGAUAAUAAUAAUGGAAGAGAAUUUCAGAAGAAGAGAUACGUAACAUUUGCAAAUCCACCCUCACUGGAACAGGUUAUGUUGCCUCAACACUUUCAGAAACUGGAGAGACACCCUUCUUUAAGAGACAAGAUCAAGAAGAAGAAGAAGCCACUCAUCCCUUUGAUUGGAGCAAUUUUUUUUAAGAAAAAGGAAACUUCAUCAUCAUCACAACUUAUUUAAGAAUAUAUAUAAUCCACACUACUACUUCUCUCGUGUAUUUCCUAUUAAUAUAUGUGUUCAAUACUUUAAUUCAAGAAUAAUUACUUUUUUUGUCAAGAAAAUAAAAAGUUCUCAGGUGUUAUACAAUUCUAGACUAGUAUAUAUAAAUGUAUGGAGUUUGCCUGGAAUAAUAAAGUGAAUUUUGUGAGUUGUAAGCCGG